CAGUCAAUCAUAAGAUAAAAAGAAGAAGAGAAAACAAAGUUUGAUUAUCUAAGAAGAAGAAGAAGAAGAAGAAGAAAAUGGGAAAAUGGAGUGCGAUAGUAAUGAUAAUGAUGAUGGUGAUUGUUGCGACGGUAACAGCAGAUCCACCAAAACAAAGAAAAGAUUGGAUUAUAUGUUUUCGACAGUGUUCAAAGCCUUGCAAAACUCACGACGGUGAUUGCUUUGAACGCUGUAAAAUCAAAUGCGGUGGCCCUAACCCUCCCCAUGGUCCCCCUCACUCCCUGGCUCGAAUUUCACAUGGGGUGGCAUCGGUGGAAGCUGGCGGAAGGAAAACAUGA